AUGGUAAGUGGUGUACCCCCAAGUGAAAAGCUGUUCGUUGGGGGACACCUCAAUGGACACGUUGGCUCGUGCGGGUUGGGGUAUGACAGGGUACGUGGUGGAUUUGGGCUUGAAAAUAGGAAUCAGGCGGGCGAAGAUAUCUUGAACUUCGCAGUCUCUUUUGACCUUAUGAUCGCUAAUACAUUUUUUGAGAAAAAAGAUAGACAUCUGGUUACUUAUGAGAGCGCUGACCAUUUGACCCAAAUCGAUUACAUCCUCGCGAGGAGAGAGGAUCUACAGGAAUGCUCAAAGUGCAAGGUCAUACUGGAUGAGUGGUGGAACCUCAAGGAAGAGGACGUGCGGACCUUCAAAGAUAAGGCUCUCUCCGAAGGCGUCCUCUGUGAGGAUGGAGAAGUGGAUCACAUGCGGACAAAAAUUGCUAGUCGGAUCCGAAUACUAGCGGUGGAAGUAUUGGGAGAAUUUAAAGGUUUUGGAAAACGUGACCCGAAAGAUACUUGGUGGUGGUCUCCCGAGGUGCAGCAGGCUAUUAAGGAUAAGAAAGAGCGCAUCAAAGAAGUUCAAUCUCUCAGGAAUGAAGAAAACCUCAGGAACUAUAAGGCCGCCAAACAACACGCAAAACGAAUGGUAAAGUGCAUAAAGGAUACUGACCGUCGCGUUCUAGUUGAAGAUGCGGAGAUAAAGACACGCUGGAAGAACUAUUUUGAAAACCUUUUCAAUGCUGAUGCAGACAAUCCACCAGUAAAUCUGGUGGGCUCCUUUGAACCUAUGGACUUGCGAGAGGAGGACUUUCCCACCAUCCUCGAAUGUGAAGUAAAAGAGGCCCUAAAAGGUGCUAAUUCAAACCGGAUGCCAGAUGAAUGGCGAAGAAGCAUCAUCGUGCUGAUCUUUAAGAAUAAAGGGGACAUCCAGAGUUGUUCAAAUUACAGGGGCAUCAAACUUAUGAGCCACACAAUGAAACUAUGGGAACGUGUUAUCGACCGUCGGUUACGAGGGAAGUCGAGUGUUACGAAGAAUCAGUUUGGAUUUAUGCCAAGGAGAUCCACUACUGAAGCGAUUUUCCUGGUUAGACAGAUGAUGGAGCGAAAUCGAGAACAAAUGCGUAACCUGCAUAUGGUUUUCAUAGACCUUGAGAAGGCAUAUGACAAAGUCCCUCGAGAGGCAGGAUGGGCUAAAUGGAGACUGGCGACUGGAGUCCUUUGCGAUCGUAAGGUCCCGGUUAAACUGAAAGGAAAAUUCUACAGGACAGCAAUCAGGCCGGCGUUGCUGUAUGGAGCGGAAUGCUGGGAAAUUAGUAGCUCGCACCUCAUGGCGCUCCAUGGGAUAGAAAUGAGGAUGUUAAGGUGGGCUUGUGGACACACAAGGUGCGAUAAAAUGAUAAAUGAGUGUUUCCGUGGGAAACUUGGGGUAGCACCUAUGAAGGACAUACUGUCACAACACCAGUUACGCUGGUUCGGGCAUCUCCGGCGAAGACCACCGGCCGCCCCAAUUCGGGUAGGACGCAUCACACGGCCGAAAGGUAGAAUGAAGCGUCUGGGACGACCGAAACUCACAUGGGAUGGACUGAUUAAAUGGGACCUGAUUGACCGGGGAUUGGAGAGAGAGCUAGCGCUCGACAGAAGUGCGUGGAAAGCAGCCAUCCACGUGAAGGAGGUAUGUACCCGAGAUACGUGA